AUGUCACCAUCUGCUAUUGCUGAGAAGAAACAGGUGGACAACAUCCAGGAGAUCAAGGACAAGAACCAGGAGCCUGCGCACCACGAGUACGAGCACUUGACCAAUGUCGGUGUGGUCAAGCAGAAGCCUAUCGACCACAGGUUGAAGGACAACAUCAAGACCCACUACUCGCCUCACCUGGACGGCUUGCAGGAGUACAAGAGACAGUACCAGGAGUCCAUCGAGAACCCAGAGAAGUUCUUCAGCGAGAAGGCACGCUCUUUCAUGAACUGGUUCAGGGACUUCGACAGGGUCUUCGUGCCAGACGUGGACAACCCAACAAAACCUUCCUUCGAGAACAACGCCUGGUUCCUGAACGGCCAAUUGAACACUUGCUACAACUGUGUCGACAGACACGCUUUGAAGACUCCAAACAAGACCGCCAUCAUCUACGAGGCAGACGAGCCCGGUGAAGGCUACUCGAUGUCUUACAAGGAACUGCUGGAGAAAGUCUGCCAAGUGGCACAGAUCUUGAAGUACUCCAUGAACGUCAAGAAAGGUGACACUGUUGCAGUCUACAUGCCAAUGAUCCCAGAAGCACUCAUCACUUUGCUAGCCAUCUCGAGAAUCGGUGCCAUCCACUCCGUCGUCUUCGCAGGUUUCUCUUCAAACUCCCUAAGAGACCGUAUCAAUGACGCCGGCUCCCGCGUAGUGAUCACCGCUGAUGAGUCCAACAGAGGCGGCAAGAUCAUCGAAACAAAGAGAAUCGUAGAUGACGCCUUGAGAGAAACCCCACAAGUCGAACACGUCCUGGUCUACAGGCGUACCAACAACCCUCAAGUCAACUUCCAAGCUCCAAGAGACUUGGACUGGGAAACUGAGAGAAAGAAGUACAAGACUUACUUCCCUUGCGAACCCGUCGACUCAGAACACCCAUUAUUCUUGCUUUACACCUCGGGAUCUACAGGUACUCCAAAGGGUGUUCAACACUCUACCGCAGGCUACCUACUGGGCGCCCUGUUGACGAUGAGAUACACUUUCGACGUCCAUCAGGAAGACGUGUUCUUCACCGCUGGUGACAUCGGUUGGAUCACAGGCCACACAUACUGUGUAUACGGUCCUUUGCUGUACGGUUGUACUACUUUGGUCUUCGAAGGUACCCCUGCUUAUCCAAACUUCUCUCGUUACUGGGAAAUCAUUGACAAACACCAAGUCACCCAGUUCUACGUUGCACCAACUGCUCUGCGUCUACUAAAGAGAGCUGGUGACUCAUUCAUCGACGGCUUCUCCCUGAAGUCUCUACGUUGUUUGGGCUCAGUUGGUGAACCUAUCGCUGCUGAAGUCUGGGAAUGGUACUCUGACAAGAUCGGUAAGAACGAGAUUCCUAUCGUCGACACUUACUGGCAAACCGAGUCUGGUUCUCACUUGGUCACUCCUUUGGCAGGUGGUGUCACACCAAUGAAACCAGGUUCUGCAUCAUUGCCAUUCUUUGGUAUCGAAACCGUCAUCCUGGACCCAACUACUGGUGAAGAGAUUAACGACUCUCAUGCAGAAGGUGUCCUGGCAAUUAAGAGACCAUGGCCAUCCUUUGCCAGAACCAUUUGGAAGAACCAUGACAGAUUCUUGGACACCUACUUGAACCCAUACAAGGGCUACUAUUUCACAGGUGAUGGUGCCGCUAGAGACAAGGAUGGCUACAUCUGGAUUUUGGGUCGUGUUGACGAUGUCGUUAACGUCUCCGGUCACAGACUAUCCACAGCUGAAAUUGAAGCUGCCAUUAUCGAGGACAGAAUGGUCGCCGAGUGUGCUGUCGUUGGUUUCAACGACGAUCUGACCGGUCAAGCUGUUGCUGCUUUCGUGGUCUUGAAGGACAAAUCGACCUGGGCUUCUGCCUCCGAGGAAGAACUUCAAGAUAUUAAGAAGCACUUGAUUUUGACUGUGAGAAAAGACAUUGGUCCCUUUGCUGCACCAAAAUUGAUUGUCUUGGUUGAUGACUUACCAAAGACCAGAUCCGGUAAGAUCAUGAGGCGUAUCUUGAGAAAGAUUUUGGCAGGUGAGUCUGAUCAAUUAGGUGACGUCUCUACCUUAUCCAAUCCUGGCGUUGUUAAGCAUUUGAUUGACUCUGUUAAAUUGUGA